GCAUUUCAUAAAUAGCCGCUCCCACUUCGGACGGCGCACGGCGGCGGAAGACUUUCUGGAGCAGCCAACCGCGGCCAUCGAGGAUUAGAGGGGCAAUAGGGGUGUCCGCCUUUUGCGCCUUUCCCCUAGAGCGGUGGUAGCAGCUAUCACAGCGACGAAAAGAAAAGGAACCUUCAACUCGCAUCGUUGCUCCUGCCCAUGGACCGCUUCGACGUCAUCAGCUUCCAGGACCUGACGGGCCCAAAGGGAGGCGAGUGGGUCCGCAUCGGCGGAGGAAGCUUCGGCGUCGUCUACCGUGGCGAGUACCUGGGCACGGAGGUGGCCAUCAAGGAGGUCCUGCCCAACAAUACGUACGAUGUGGAAAAGUACUUUGAGCGCGAGUGUGUGCUCAUGAAAGAGGCAAGACAUCCCAACAUUGUCCAGUAUAUUGGUCUCACAAAGAGCCCCGGGCCCGAGGGGCGCAUCUACAUCAUCUCGGAGUUUGUCGGCGGCAACCUGCGCAGCUACAUUGCCGACAAGAACAAGGCCUUUGGCUGGCCGCUCCGGGUCUCGUUUGCUACCGACAUUGCCCGUGCCGUGGCCUACCUACAUGCGCGCAACUGCAUGCACCGCGAUCUCAAGGGCGAGAAUCUGCUCAUCACGGCCAACAACCGUAUCAAGGUCUGCGACUUUGGCUUUGCCAGGAUCGCGGCGAGAAACGACGACGAGAUGCGAAGGAUCAGCUACUGUGGAACCGACGGAUACAUGUCGCCUGAGAUCCUCAUGGGAAUUGACUUUAGUCUGCCCUCGGAUGUCUUUUCUCUCGGCGUCAUCUUUUGCGAGAUUAUCUCGAGGCGCCUCGUCGAUGCUAACACGUUCAAGCGACUCGUUCCAAGCUUUGGCCUCGAGGCCGAUGAGGUGCGCGAGAUGGCGUCGCACGGGUGUCCCGCCGACUUUAUUCAGCUCUGCCUCGACUGCUGCGAGGUGGAGCCGCAGAACCGGCCGGACAUGCGCCAGGUCAUCCAGCGUCUUCGCUCAAUCGAGGCCGACAUUGUGGCAAAAGAAGCCAAGAAGGGCACCUUGACCAACGUGGGCAGCCUCCGCGGAUCUAGUCUGGCCGCCGUCGUGGGCCAGAGCGGCCGGUCAAAGAGGCCAAAGGCCCCGCCGCGUUUGCCUAGCUUCGAGGGACAGGUCAAUCUUCGGAGGCAGCGUGAUGCCUCGGCGACGAUUAUGGAAGACGAGCCGAUGACGCACGGCCGUGAAGACUCGGGCAGCUCAACCAGCAGCAGCGACGAAGAGAUGGAGGCGGCUCUGGAAGCCCUCGAGAACGUCAAGGUCGGCGGCGCGGCCACGACGGCGGGCGAAGAAGCAAGGAAAACGAUCAAGGCUGGCUCCACCAUCAAGGUCUCUGGCCACGGCAACCCGUGGUGGUCCGACGAGCCGGCCGACGCCCCCAUCCCCAGCGUGCGAGACUCGUGGAAGAAGGCGAUCCCAGGCACCUCGUCGGACUGGAAGACACCCGAGGACGAGGGCAUGUACAGCACUUCGGUCAUCCGGCCUUCCAAGAUCAAAACGACAGGCGAAAGUAGUAGCAACCUGGCAAAGACGAUGAGCAGGAUGUCGACGGCCAGUAAGAGGGAGGACGGCGAUGAUACUUCUGCGUCCACUAUGACAGUCAAGGGGGCCAACCAUAAGGUGCACCCCUCCGACGCCGGGACCGUGGAAGAGCUCUCAUCACCUGGCGGUGCUGCUGCUGCUGCUACAGCUGCUGCUGCUGCCGAGGAGCCAGACUUUGAGCAGACAACGGAGUCCUAUCGUACGGCUCGGUCGUCGCACCAUAACCACAACCACCAAGCAGACGCUUCGGUGGCCAUGGCGACGGUGGCUUCCUCCAUUUACGAGCCCGCGCUCCUCUACCAUCGUUUCACCCUGGUCAAGAGCGGCGUGCGCAAGCCUGUCGAUGGCACGUCUGCGAUGGCCCAGAGCUGGUCCGGCAGCUUCAUCCCGCCACAGAUUAUCCUGGCCAAUGCGCUGACCAAGUGCCAUGUCUGCGGAAAGCGGCUUGGCUUGGGCGCAUACAUGGACUGCGACGAUUGCCCAUAUAAGACGCACGUCGCCUGUGGCGAUUUGGCCGAGCCGAAUUGCCAGGAGUUGCAGAUUCCUGCGUCGGCGUCGCGGCGCAACUCCAACUCCAAGACAAACAACGCUGUCGAAGGCGGCAGUGGUGUACCAGACGAGCCGGCCGUGGUGUAUGCGACACCCAAGCAGGCCGCCGCUCUCUCCAGGUCCGUCGCGGCCGAGAAUGGCGCCGUGUCACCGCCGCAGUCGCAGGGAAAGGCCAGUGGUGGAGGCCUCUUUGGUCGCAACAAGAACAAGCGCAGCAGUAGCAAGAGUCCACCGAUCGGUGUCAAGUGACCUGUCCGUGCCCUUUGCUUUUGUCCACACACACUCUUCCCUCCCUUUCCUCCCCCUUCCCCGGCCGCUUACCAGGUGGAAGCCAGCUUGGCCUUGAGCGACCUCUCUGCUCGGUGUGCGGCUUCUCACUGUACUUCGCAAUUUCUCUUUCCCCGUCAGUCGCUCCAUCCU